AUGUCCAAUUUCUGGCGUAUCAAUUAUACGGCGAGACACGUUUUUAUUACAUGUAGUCAGUGGAUUGUUCCCGCGGAACCUUAUCGUCAUUUCAAUGAACCAGAGUUUCCCUGCAAUCAACAAUUACUUGAUGACACGAAUGUCGGUGAACUUGAAUGUAUCAUGGAGGAUCGUAACUCUCUACUCCUACCCCACGAUCCCUCUUUACGUUGUGUUCUUAACCGCCACAGUAAAGAAUCUCUAGUAGAAGUUAUAAAGACAUGGAUUAAGGACCCAAAGACCUGGCCUAUACUUGAACAAGACGAUGAAUAUGACAACCCUUUCGAUUCAGGGCCUGAACAAGAUCUUGACGAGAAAACCAAACGUAAAAAUAUCUCGGAAGUUUAUGAUGAGUUGAAAAGUGACGGCUCCAAGAAUCAAGUUAUUGAAAGAGUUGUUAAAGAAGAUUGGAACAAUGGAUUGACUUUAUUACAAGUCGCGCAAUUGGAUAUGAAAUAUUACCGUGACGAAUCUCACGCGAAUCAACAAAAAUGGACAGCAUUUAAAUUGUGUUUCGAGCAUGGUAAACCAAAAUCAAAUAUCAUUCAAUGCUUAAACUUGAUUUUUUCUGCUAUUAAUGAUUACGCGUGUAAUCCAGACUUCAAACAUACAGGUGUCGAGAAAAAAAUAUAUAAUCGCGCGGAUAAAUUUCAAUCGGCACUUUCUAAACAAAUCUCUUCAUUUUUCAACAAUCAUGUAUACGCCGAGCUAUACGACAAAUGUCUAUGGGCUCGCAUCAGUCUUUAUGACGGAAUAGCAAUCAAUACCCUUCCUCCGUCCAAUAACAUUAUUUACCUAGUAUAUUUUACGAAUUCCGAUCAUUUGUUGUGUAGCUCUAUGAAAAAAGAUCAUAAAGAAUAUAUAAUAUGGGGAAUUACAAAAACUUUUAAUUGUAAAGAAGUCGAAGAACUGGACUUGAAGGGAAAAGAUAUCGCUUCCUUACAAGAACUAUUAUUGUAUCAAGGAUCCCAAGGGUCAUACAAUCGUUUUCGACAAAAUCGAAUAGGGGACAACCCUCUGGUACAUCCAUCCAAGAGAUCAAGUGUGAUUGAUUCGCGUAAAGAGGCAAAUAAUAGGAUUGUAUCAGAUGAUGUAGUAUCCAAAAAAAGGGAUACUGUUGCCAAAGAUACUUUUGGCUCACAGGAUCAGCCAGCACUUGAUUAUUAUGAAAUUCAGCUCAAAAUUCCCUUUCGUCAAAGUCAUUCCCAAAGUAACGACGAAACUAGCAACAAUAAUCCAAUAACAGCGAAAAUUCGAAUCGAAGGCACAAAUGUAUUCAAUGGAAUCAAAAAAAUGGUCGCUUUGGGAUUAAUCGUUCCGCCGCUACCGGAAUUCCUUGCCGAAUUACAAAGUCAAGGCAAGAAUCAGAUUGUGGCAGAUGAGAAUGGACGGGUUGUUGUUGGUUGUGGUGGCGCAAGUUCUGAUAGAAACCUUUAA